AUGAGUUCUUAUAAUACAUUGGGUAUGUCUGGAGGCAUAGAAAAGAGUCCUCUUUUAAUAGGCAAUUAUAGACUUGAUAAAACAUUGGGUAUAGGUUCUUUUGGUAAAGUUAAAUUGGCAGAACAUAUUAAAACAGGAGCAAAAGUAGCUAUAAAGAUAUUAAAUAGAAACAAGAUCAAGAAUCUUCGAAUGGAUGAAAAGAUUAGAAGAGAGAUUCAAAAUAUGAAGUUAUUUAGACAUCCUCAUAUCAUCAAAUUGUACGAAGUCAUUGAAACACCUACCGAUAUCUUUAUGAUCAUUGAAUAUGUGACUGGUGGAGAAUUGUUUGAAUACAUUGUAAAGAAUGGAAAACUUUCAGAGGAUGAAAGUCGUAGACUCUUUCAACAAAUGAUCUCUGGUGUUGAAUAUUGUCAUCAUCAUAUGGUUGUACAUAGAGAUUUGAAACCUGAAAAUUUAUUAUUAGAUCCAAUUCAUUCAUGUGUAAAGAUUGCAGAUUUUGGUUUAUCAAAUAUGAUGCAAGAUGGUGAUUUUUUAAAGACAAGUUGUGGAUCUCCCAAUUAUGCAGCACCAGAAGUUAUUAGUGGCAAAUUGUAUGCUGGACCUGAAGUCGAUGUUUGGUCUUGUGGUGUCAUUCUUUAUGCUUUUCUUUGUGCAAGAUUACCUUUUGAUGAUGAACAUAUUCCAACUUUAUUUAAAAAAUUAGAGGUACAAAAGAAGAUAAAUAGAAACUAUAAAGAUGAUAAGAAUAUUUGCGCAGAUUUAAUUAAACAAAUGUUAAUUGUAGAUCCAGUAAAGAGAAUAACGAUCAGUGAAAUUCGAAAGCAUCCAUGGUUCCAAGUCAAACUUCCCCAUUAUCUAUCUUCACCACAAAUCUUUUUGGCAAAGACUUCACAUAAUUUGGACGAUGCCGUUCUCAAUGAACUGGUACAACGCUACGAAUCACCAACACUCAAGCGCGAAAAAAUAAUAGAAGAUCUACAGAGAAUCGAUGAAGGUGACGUAAACGACUUGAUCGUUGCCUAUCAUCUAUUGUGCGACAGUAAGAGAAACCCAUACAAUGAAAGUUUUACAAAUAAUAGAAUGGCCGAGCCGUUACCCAGUGGAUCUGACCCAUCAUCAUCUUCCUCAUCUUCGACAGCUGGCUCUCUUGUCCAACCAAGCAACAGCAGCAACAACAACACACAAUCACAAUCACUACGCAAGUGGUAUUUGGGUGCCAUUUCACAACUCCCUCCUCAAGAGAUUAUGAGCGAGGUUUAUCGAUCACUUAAAAAGGUUGGCUUUGAAUGGAAGGUCACUGGGCCUUACCAACUCAGAUGUAGAAUCACCAAAAAUGACAGACAUAUCAAAUUGUUUUUACAAUUGUUUAGAGUGGCCGACAAUAGAUACCUUUUGGACAUUAAAAAGAUUGAAGGAGAAAUAUUUAUUUUCUUUGAUAUUUGUUCUGAUUUAUUAACUGAACUUAGUCUCUAG